AUGUCGCGGAGUACCUACUGCUGGGUAGGGUUAGUGAUCGGAUACCUUCUCAGUGAUGCCGAGGCGCGCGUGUUGCUUGAUUCAGAGUCACCCGUAUCCAUCUCGAACGAUACCCGCUCUCCUACGCUGCAGCGCCACCUGCUGGAUCGAGCCCGCAGUUGCUUCGACAGUGGCCAGCUGGUGGAAUGUUUUCGUGGUGAAGUGUUCCGUGUGCUUGAUCGUGCUAUCGACUCGAACGUGACGUUCCGUGUGACACCAUUCGUUAUUGUGCGCCGCAACCCGGACUGGCCGAGCAGUGCGCGUCUCCCCGCGGACCUCGCCCGGCUUUCCGGCUGGUCGGGACUGUUCCGGAAGCUGCACGAGCUGCUCCUCUCGCGACUGUUUCAGCUCAGCCUGGUGGACGCGAAUGGACGCGCGCUGCUAGACGCUUCGGACGAGGGCCGGGGCAAGAAGCACAAGCACAAGCAGGGCAACAUGUUCUCGAUGGCGCUGAUGGCACUGAUGGCGAUGAUCGCGCAGGUCAUCAUUGGCAAGGUCGCUGUCCUGGCGGCGGUCGCACUGAUCAUGGCGAAAAUUGCGCUCGUCUUCUCCACCUUGAACGGGCUGAAGAAAGCGAACGGAUCGGGUGGUGGCCACGCGGCCGAACACGUCGUCUACGAGCACUCGAGCCAUGGGGGCGGUGGGGGUGGAGGUGGCGGCUGGCAGCGCAGCAUCGAGCCGAGGAAACCGUAUCCCCGCUACCAGUACUACGAGGAGGACGAUCUGCCCUACUGGAAGCGGCGCCCCGAGCACGACUACCAGGAUCCGUACGAUGGCGCCUAA